CCAGACCUCAAGUACUGCUGCAGCGAGCCGGGCAGCUACUUCCCCUACAAGCACAGCUACAUGUGGAGCCUCAGCAUCGGUGCCCUGAUUGGAUUGGGAAUUGCUGCCCUUGUUUUACUUGCCUUUGUCAUCAGCGUCUGUGUCCUUUGCUAUCUAUUUCUGCAUACAAAGCCUCAAAGGUUAGACACUGGCCUUAAACUUCAACACCUAGAGGCUUCUUCCAUUCAAGAAGGCAACUCAAAUAGGAAAAUCAAAACCCCCAAUUCAAACGCAGCAUCAAAUUCAACAAAUGAAACAAUCUAUGAAGCUGAUGAUGUAAUUGAGGAAAAAACAAUGGAUACAACACAAAUCAACAUCGUGUAUUAUUAAAAAUUCUGUGUUAUAAAAGCUCACAGGAGAGAUGGAACAGUAAAAAUAAAGUGCAUUUUAAAUAGUUCGUAAUAAUACUUUUAAAAAAUUCACCACUCACAAAGCAAAACAUAGCUGCAUUUUUAAUCAAUCUUUUUAUUAAACACCCACUAAGGAUUUAAUAGAUUUUCAUGUACAUAAGUUUACUUUUACUUGCUAAUUAAAAUGUACAUUAUACAAAAUUAUGCUAAUACUUUAGGCAAAGUUAAAUAAUUUAUCAAUUAGCAGAUAAGCAAGCCUAUCUCAGUGAGAAACAAUGAGACAUACUACCAGAAUUUCAUGACAUUUUGGUACUUAGAGGCAGUUAUUUUUUUA